UUGGUCGCUGUAUUAGUGAGGAACCGUUUGUUUUAAUACCGGGUUGUCUGCUAUGGUGGCCUUCACUGCAUGAUAACUUUAAUGUAUGGUGUUGUCAUCAUCUCAGGGUUUAUAGCGCCUCUCUGCUCCUCCAUGGACUGCAGCUGCUGCUCUGAUGAUGCUCUCUGCUGUUUGCUGCUAAAUCAAUGACGAUUAAAAGACAGAAAACAUCUCAAUCACAGCGGAAAUAUAAGGAAUCCCUAUCCUGGAUUUUCGGUCACUGAAAAAAAAAAAUUAAGGCUUUACUGUAUUUUCCCUGUUAGGAUGUCGUCAUCUGAAAAUGCUGAGUCACAUAAAGCCUGUGAAGCAUCGCCCCCUACAUCAGAGGCUAAACCCCUGAGGAUCGUCCUGUUGGGGAGGACAGGAACCGGCAGAAGCUCCUCAGGCAACACCAUCCUGGGCAGGUCCGCCUUCUGGGUCAACGUCUCCCCCUGUUCUGUCACCACACAGUGCACGAGACAGACCGGGACCGUAGACGGGCGGGGCAUCUCUGUGAUUGACACUCCGGGGUUCUUGCACACUCACCUGUCCCCCGAGGAGGUCAUGGCAGAGGUGGGACGGUGCGUUGUCCUGUCCUCCCCGGGACCCCACGCCUUCGUGGUGACCCUGCAGCCUGGCAGGUUCACCCAGGAGGAGAGGGACGCCUUGGAGUGGAUCAAGGCUUCGUUUGGACCUGAAGCCACCAGGUACACCCUGGUGUUGUUCACCUGGGGAGACCAGUUGCACGGCAAACGCAUCGAGGACUUCCUGGGAGAGAGCGACGAGCUGUCGGAAUUUGUCAGCAGCUGCCACGGAGGCUAUCACCUCUUUGAUAACAGUGAACAGGACAAGACAACGGAGUGCGAGUCACAACAGGUCGUACAGCUCCUGGAGAAGAUAGACAAGACUGUGGCGAACAACGGAGGCGGUUGCUAUAGCAACGACAUGUUCAAGAAGGCCGAGAGGGUCAUCAGGGAGGCGCAAGUGAGGAUUCUGGAAGAAAGAGGACACGAGGUGGAGUCCCCACAGAAGGCGGCUGAAGAGGAGCAGAGACCAGAGAGGGGGGAAGAGGAGGAGAGGAGGAGGAGGAGGGAGGAAGAGGAGGAGAGGAAAAGGGCGGAGAGGCUGUUCUGGUCCGAGCUGGUGACCGCGGUGGGGAAAGGUGCCGCGGAGGGGGCAGGGAUCAUGGGGAAAGACGAAGGGAAAGGGAAGGUCGUGAAGAAGGUGAAGGUGGUGGAGAGGGCGGCAGCUCUGGCAGCGUCGCCGUUCUCCAUCACCUCAGCUGCUAAAGCGGUGGGAGGAGCUGUGAGAGAAGGAGGCAAGGUGUUAUAUAAACACAGAAAGACGUUCCUGAAAACUCCUCGUUGAAUACAGCCAGUCAUACAUCUAGUGUAAAUCUCUGUUUAACAUCAGCACAAUGCA